AUGGGCAUUUUAAGUUUUGACAUUUUCUCAUCUACAUUUUAAUUCAACUUAUUCUAAUAGUAAAAAGCAUUUUUAUGCUACUUAAUUUAUCUACUGUAUUAGUAUUAUGAUAAUUAAAUUUAACCUACAUUUAGAUCAUAAAAUUUUGUUUAGGAUUUUACUAGUGUUGAAUUGAGCAAUGAUCUAUUUGCAUAUUAAUAUAGAUUCAAUUUAACUCAGAAUUUAGAUGAUAUUUAGGAAUAGCAAAACUUAACUUACCUGGUUUUUGUGCCUUAUUUUUAGUACACAAAUUAUACUGAAAAUGAAUUUAUUUACAUUAAUCCUAUUAAAUGCUAAAACCCUUUGCUUGAUGGAUUCAAUUGUUUGGAUUUUUCUUUGAUUUAAAACUAUAGCCUUAUUAAAACAUAAGGCAAUAAAAUUUGGUCAUCAAUUUAUCUCACUAUUUACACUUGUUAAGAUGCUAUCAUACAAUUUGAUCUGCAAUUAAAUUGUGCUAAUGAAUAAGAAAUUUAUAAAAUGAUUAAUGAUGGUAGUAACAUAUUGUAAAUAAAACUAUUAAGUAAAUAAUACAAUAUAGCUUCGAAAUAAAUUUAAGUUAAUUAUAGAAAUUCUUUUACCUCUCUUAAUUAAAAUGAAUUUAUGCUGACUGAUUUUAAACUUUAAAUGCAAUAAACUUCAAUUAAAUAAGGAUCAAUUUUUCAAGAAGAAACAAAAUUUUAAUCUCCUAUUUCGUAUUCUCAAAUAAUCUAAAAUUUUAGUAGAAAAGACUAAAUCAACUUAAAUAAUAAUCCUGCAUUACUUGAAUUGGUUAUUGAAAUGGAUGAAGCAGUUUAAUUUUUUUUUAUUUAGUUUCCAACCUUUCCAGAAAUUUUGGCUGUUUGCAACAGCACUUUAGCUCUUAUGAUGUGUGUAGGAAUUUUAGGCAGAUAUGCUUCAUCUCAAUUGAUAAAAUAAGAAUUUUUACUACUCUUCUUAUAAAAUUUGUAUCAAGAAACAUAUUUAAAGCUAUUGAGCAACGAAUUUAAUAGUGAAAGCAAGAAAUAAAUUGAAUCGUAAUCUUAAAUAGAGUAAUAAAAAGAAAAAUAAACUCCUUUUUAAGUAGACCAACCAUCAAAAGUGCCAUAAUUUUAAAGUAAAUUAAAAUAAUAUUUAGACCAAAACAACUUUUCUUACAUUUAGCAAUAAUCAGAAAGCAGAGUGUUUAAUUUUAGAAAUGAGUAAAAAAACAAUAUUUAAAAUAAAUCUGGUUUUAACUUUUAAAAUAUGAUAAGUGCUGUCUCUUAAAAAGAUAAAUCAGAAUCAGAAGGAUAUAAUAAGUCUUUUUUAUCUUCGAAUUGUCAAAGUUUUAAUUAGCUAGAAAACAAAAAACCAAUAAAUUAGAAUAGAGGCAUAAAACAACAAUAAAAUGAAUAUUAAAGUUAAAAGCAGCAAAUACCAAGUUCUUCAAAUAUUGAAAUACCUUAAAAUAUUUAAUUGCUUUGUAAACAAUCAGCAUUAACUAAAGACUAUGAAAAAAAAUAAUAGACUACAGAUUUGUAAACAUAUUAAGAUCCUUGUAAUGCAAAAAUAUUUGAUGAAAAUUAAAAGUUAAAAGUUUUAAUGGACAGAAAUUCAGCUUAAAGGACGCUCUUUUCUUUGCAAUAAAUGAAGUAACCCAUGUAAAAAAUAAAAAUACCUUAAAUUACAAGGAGUGAGUUUGCCACUAUUUAAAAAUUUAGAAAACGAGGUUGA